CGCAAAGCUUGGUAUGGCGUACCUUGUUUGCUGCGCGUGCAUUCCUUGCACCGUUAGCGACUAUGUGCUCGCUACACCAGCAGGAGAUACUAAACCACGCUAUCAUCGUGCAUAAACGCAUCGCCGCGUUGAAGCGGACUGUGACUGCAGGAUGCCGCCGAAGAAGAAGCAACCGGGCGAGCUGCAGUUCGUCGUGACAACAAACCCUUUCGAGGCUAGCAGCGCAGUCAACAGACGUCGGAUCCGCUCUCAAGCCGCUCUACAGAGUUGGCCAGAGAGACGUAAGCGGACCUUUCAACAACUCGACGAGAGCAGCAUCCAAUCAGGCACUUUCCAUAGCCGGACGUACGCACCCGGACCAGCAGCAGAGGCGCCUUUGCCGAAUCUUGAAGCCCCCGGGAACGAGACAGCUGCGACCGCGACGGUUCUUAAGCUUGAGCAUCCACGGCCCAGCCUUCCGACGGCGCCACCUAGCGCGAAUGAAUUACCCACCCUGGGCGCUGCGGAUGCACCGUCACCAUGUACGCGAUCGUCUACACCGGAGUCACCAUGCCGGUGUCACCAAUGCCAUCCAGCACGGGACGCCGUAUUACGGGUCGCUGAGCGCGAGAUCCUCAAGCCUACGGGUCGGAGAAGGCCAGCAGAAGCUUCGAACCACAACACUGACCUUACGUUGCUUACUCCGCCUUCAUCACCGAAGCCGCCAUUCAGUGGCAUGGCGGAUCCUUUCAACUGCUACCCAGUCCCUUACAAGCCACUUUACGAUGCAAUUCUGCAUCACAUGCUCACUGUAUUCGCCCCACGCGGCUGGCCGGCGCUGAAGAUCACGACUAAAGAAGGCUUGAAAUGGGAACAGUUCAUGACCCAGCAUGCUUUGGCAGACCCGGCGUUAUUCUAUGUGCGAUUACUCUUCGCCUCUGGAGAUUUGGUGAGGCUAAAGGUCCUGCAACCGGAAGUGUCCCACUGGCUUCGGAUUGAGGCGAUUAAAGCGAUCAAUGAAGCACUGCAGGAUCCACAACGCGCCACAUCUAUUCCUCUUAUCCUAGCGGUUGGCCGCAUAGCAUUCAAUGAGUUUCUGUACGGUGACCGUAAUGCGGCUAACACGAUUCAUCGGCCGGCUCAACAGAGAAUGCUGCGGAUACGCGGCGGACUCAAGGCUCUGGACACUAUCCCAGAGCUGGUGAAGCGUCUCAUGCGGCUCACAGAUACGAUUAUGGCCAAGCAAGGUGGCACUGAGCGUUUCAUCGAGGAUGAUGACACGAGUAAGAACUUCUCCAUGGAGGCUAGCUUGAACGUACUGGAAAAGUGGGCGCCGAAACAAGGCCAGGAGUUGAGAAGGAAGAUCAGUAUUUCCGACCUUGUGAAUGACUGAAGCUUCAACAACGAGUCCCCGAGUUCCAACCCCGGCCAUAUUCAAUAUAAGCUGAAAUGACACCUGUCAAUCGUCCAGAAGCUGUACCUUG